AUGGCAAACAAUCUUGUCAUCCGAGCUUUAAGGGCAAAUACAAAAUCGUUCAGUUUGAGUUCUAAGAAUAUAGACCACAUUCCUAGCAACCUUGCAAAUCUUACAAGUCUUUUGAAACUGAAGUUAAACAACAAUUGCCUUUCGACUCUGCCCAUUGAAUUGCAAUCAUUAUGCCACUUGACAGAGCUCAACCUGGGAAAUAAUUUCCUCGAAGAGAUUCCACCAGUUCUGAAGUAUCUUCCAUCCCUAAGGAAACUUUAUGUAUUUGGAAACAAAAUCGAGAAUUUGCCUGAAGACAUUUUUGAUGCGCUCUCCGAACUUGUCAUUCUCAAUGUGAAUCACAACAAAAUCCGUGUCCUUCCGCCACAGAUAAAGGGGCUUACCCACUUGCAAAUUUUGAGUCUAACUAACAACAAAUUGGAAGUUAUUCCUGCUGAAAUAGCUUUGCUUAAAGAGCUGACUGAGCUCAAUUUAACGAACAACAACCUUGUCACUUUGCCGCCACAACUCUGCUUCUUACCGCAACUGUCUAAGCUCUAUAUUGCAAGAAACUACCUGAAACUACUGCCUGAGGGGAUUUUCAGACUGUCAAAGCUCAAAGUGCUUGAUGUUGCAGGAAAUUGUCUGACCAUGUUUCCAGUGGAUUUCCAUCUUGUCAGGUUAGAGAAGUUGUACUGUGAAGGAAAUGAUUUCGUCCAGCAUGAAUUGGUGCAAUCUAUUCAAGAGGCAGAGGUGCUCUCUUUAAAGGAGCAGGCAGCCAGGCUGAUUCUGACGGAGUGCAGGAGCGAGUUCUCGUUUCUGCACCGUGCCCUGGCUCUCCACCCGGCCGUGGCGGACAUGUUGGCUCUGGCGGGCAGGUGUGCCCUCUGCUCCCAGGCCUUCCUCACCACCUGGCUGGAGUGCGUGCAGUUCGUUAACCUCAAGAAGGACAUGAAGAUGAGAAGCUUGCAGUCCAUCCCAGUGCGAGUUCUCCUCUGUUCCUACAACUGCUUCAACCAGAGUGGUCACGUGUACUACGGUGUUGCACCUGUAUAGAAUUAAAUGUGCAAAUCUGUUUAUAUACCUCAAAAUGGCUUUCUUUAGAAUGACCUUUCGUUAAAACCUACUGCUGGCUAGAUCUUUAUACACAAGCAGGAGAAGUAAUGUGCUCCAUUUUACAUGCCAAGAAUUGAGAAAGAAAUAAUACAUUUUUAAAACAAAGACAUUGAGUCGAUACUAUCAAAUUCACAUCUAAAAAAAGAUGCAUUCCGCAGCUAUAAAUAUAUGUGUACUGCUGCUAUAA